GCCUUGCCUUGCGGGGAAUCCGUUGGGAAGGGAAAAGGCCUUGGAUCCCUCCCCAGCUGCGGGCGGAGCGUGCGGCCCCGGGCCCGGCCCGGCCGCGCUUCCGGCGCCGCGGCUCCAUGGACGCCAACCUGCGCUUCUGGAGGGCCGAGGGGCAGUCUUUCUUCCAGAGGUUUUUCCUCUGGGCGGACGCCUUGGAUCCGCUGCUGCUCCUCAAGUCCCCCAAUGAAAUAAAAAGAACCAGGUUAUUAAUACAGAUCAAUGAGAAGACCCCAAGUGAGCCCAUACAGAAUAAUCAGACCAAACAAGCCUUCUUGCUAAGCCUGUCCAGCGUACAUCCUGACACAGACAAGAUAAUUCCUGUUUUGUUUAGACCUCCAGCUUUCAUGCCCAUAACUCUUCCCUUGGUCAUCGUUUCAUCUGUUCAGCGCCACGCAAGGCAUUCUUUUUUUUGGCAGUUUGUGUUUCACACAUACACCACAGCAUUCACUCUGAUAAAUGGAAAUGGCACACCAAAGGCUGAAGAAUACUCAGUUCAGCAAAAGCAGCUCUUGCUUGGCUUGGGAGCCAUUUCCUAUUCAGCCUGUGUUGGUGCGCUCCCUCUUGCCUUCGUGAAUCGUUUUGCUUUGAAGAGCUCAUUAAUGCAACUUGUCGUCAGAAAGCUGCUGCCUGCUCCUCUGCUUGGUUUGACAAGUGCAUUUACUGUGGCAAUGGUGAGAAGCCCGGAGUUUGAGAAUGGGAUAGAAGUGAUGGACAGGAAUGGCAAGGUUAUAGGAGUGUCUAAGAAGGCUGGUGAGAAGGCCGUUAUGGAAACAGCAAUGUCCAGAGCAGUCUUGUUUGGGACAACGUUCUUCCUGCCAGAAGUGCUCAUGUACUGUGUGCAGAGAGCAAGAUUUGUUAAAAACCCUCGUGCUUUGGGUCCCGUGAGGAUGUUUGUGAUUAUGUCAGUCCUAGCAGGGAUGCUGCCAGUCUCCUUUAGUAUGUUCCCACAGUGUGGGGAGAUAAAGCGAGCAGACCUUGAACCAGAAAUUCUGUCAUCUACAGAAGAAACAGAGUUCUUCUACAACAGGGGAAUUUAGAGCCUGGCUUUUAUAUAGAAAUGUGUGCUCUGAUCCAAGUGAAUUCUGAAUGCACCACUGGAAUUUGUGACUGAAUUGUGGUUCUGUGGUGGCAAAGGUGCCAGAUCUGGUGAACAAUGGUGUGGCCUGUAAAGAGGCAGAACUCGGCAACGUGGCUUUGCCAGCCCCAGCCUGGAGGCACAUAGACACACCUCACCUGAUGCUGAGAAGUGCUAGAAAUGCACUGUAACACAGCCUUUGUCACAACCUGUGUUCUGUGCUUCCUCAGAUGAUUGAGUUCUUAAUUAAAUGACUGUUGAGU